CUAUCGCUGUUUAGCCUAUUUUAUUCAAAUUAGAUCAAGUGUGUAUAGAAUGUUGGGUGGAAUUGUAAAAGUUGAAUAAAUGUAGAAUUCUAAAAAUGUGGCUGUGGUUGUCCAUCACAACUAUUGUGUGCGUUGUGGUGAAUGUUAAAGGAUGUCUUGAGUUAUGUCAGUGCAACAAACAAGGCAAUGUCAGCAGUGUAAUUUGUAAUGGAUGGAUAACACAACACAACUUGUCAAGUGGUUCACAAUGUUCUACAGAACUGGUUUUAAACUCUGCAGAAAUGGCCAUUUACAGCAACAUAGAAAUUCGCUGCUACAAUGUUUCGUUUCAGCUUGCACCCCAAGCUAUGUUCCACAAAGUGAAAGCAAUUUCAAUACAUGAAUCUCACUUUGAAGAACUACCAUUCCAAUUCCUUGCAAGUUUGACUGCUUUAAACAGACUAAAUUUCUCAGAAAACAGGAUUUCCGAUUUAGUUAUCCCAAAAAGAAACAAUUCGUAUCAUAUGAACCAUCUUGAUCUAGUAGACCUAUCAAAAAAUGAGAUUUCUGAAGUCAAACUUUAUCACAACAAUUUAUUUUCUAAUGUGAAAGCGCUAUUUCUCCAACAAAAUAGAAUUGGUGCUAUUGAAAACAUACAACGUUUACCCCAACUUGAAAUACUGGCUGUAUCAGACAAUCCAAUCAAUUUAAUGGAUUCAGAUUUCAGUCUUUCUUCUACAAUACAACAGAUGCACUUACGCAAUGUAUCGUCUGUGAAUGCAUUGGAAAGCUGCAAAACAUGUUGCUUCUUAAACGAGUGUGCAUUUCUACCUCCAAAUCUUAUACUUUUAGACCUUAGCAACAAUCAUUUAAUGUCAAUUCCGACGAGACAUGGCCUGCUGGCGGGCCUGCUUCAUUUGCAAGUGUUGUUACUUCAAAAUAAUAACAUCUCAAUCAUUAGACAUGAUAGCUUUGUGGACAGAUGCUACUUUAAACUGAGAGAAAUCAACCUUUCAAACAAUAGGCUCAUUAAACUAGAUGGAAAUGCAUUCGCUCAUCUCUGGCAACUUAACAACUUAAAUUUAGCAAGCAAUUUUCUACAACAUCUUCCAAUUAAAGUUGCUCAAUCUUUCCUUUCAUUACAAGGUCAGAAGAAACAAGGAAAUUUAUCAUUAAAUGGAAACCCAUGGUCGUGUGAUUGCUUACAGCAUAAACUAGCUAAAAUCUUAACACCUAACACUACUCUAUCCAUCAUAUGCAAAAUUCCGCAGUCUUUACAAGGCAGUGAGCUUCAGAAUAUCUCUCUUGAAAAUUUGCAAUGUCAUAACACAAGUUUCGCACAGAAAGAAAAUGUCACAGCUUACGAAUACAAAGAUGUAAAUCUUAUCUGUACCACAUUAGGUGCCCCACGGAGUGAAGUGAAGUGGUUUACCCCAAAGCAUGAAUUAAUAUCUUUGGAGACAAUUGCUUUUAACAAAGAACAGCAAAAGAGUUACAGCCUGUCAGAAUUUGGUGAUAUUUUGACAGUUAAAUCUGUUCGACUUUCAAAGACUGGAAUUUUUAAGUGCUUUGCUAACAACGCAGUGAGUUCUGCGAACCAAACCAUUGCACUUGCUGUAAUACUAAGCCCAACCAGCACCAUUGUGUAUAUAGUGGUAGCUUGUGUUGCUUUUAUGGUUGCUAUUGUACUCAACUCUGUUAAUAUGUGCAUGUAUAUAUGCGAGCAUAUGGAGAUAAAGAGACAAUAUCGAAAGAUGUUGCAAGCUCAGGAAGAAGAAGAGAAACAGAAUCCUCCAAUCAGAUCCCGUUCCAAAAACUUAGAUGAGUCUCUUGCAUCACUCAAUGCAAACAAGCAUUAUGGCCGGUAUGACUUUACAUGCCAGCAGAUGUUUUUGGAUACUGUUGUCAAAGGUGCUCACUCUGUUAAGAAAACUCUUUAUGACGCUCGGCAUUCUGAAUUCUCUGUUAAUAUGUGGGAGUAUGCUGCAAACUUGAGGGAGAGACUUCACAUUGAAAUGCCAAGCAGUGUACAACUACCAAGUAUAUCUAUGCCUACAAUUUCUAUGCCAACUAUAUCAAUGCCUAGUAUCCCCACAAUGCAGGAUAUCAACAUUAACAUUGAAAAACUAAGUUCGAGCAUGGUUCAACGCAGUCAUACACUUGCUUCAUCUGUGGGAUCUGUCUUUACUUUAAAAAGAUGGAUGCAACAACAAAAUUCAAGUGAUACUGAAAGCAGGGAGUCUGAUGAUAAUUUAGAUGAUGGUCCAUCCAUUACCCAAGUAACUGUACACGUUCACACACCAAAUGAAGAACCAAGUAUACCAACGCCAUUACAGCUUAACGAAGAACCUUGCGCACAUAAUACCGGGGAUUCUGCUACAAAACUUAAGAAGAAAACCUUAAAGGAAUGUUAUACUGAAAAAGCCGUGACAUUCUACCCGCAAGAAUCAGAGCAUUUUCUUGAACCUCAAACCAGUGAAGUUAGAAACGUGGUCACACCGCUGCUUGCAACUAUUAGUGGGGGUGUGGACAACCAAUGGAGUUAUGAGACGUCUGUCUAAUGCUGCACUUUAUAUUCAAUUUUAAACUAUGAGGCUUUUCAAAACGGAAAAUUACAAAAUAAUUUUUUGGGAGUUAACUAAAACAAAUUUUUAAUAAAAAACUGUAAGCCAGAAAUUAAGCUUACACACAUUGUAAUUUAGUCGUAACUUCUUACAUGGUGUAGGAGUUAAGGUUGGAAAGCACUGGUUUAAAUGUAUAUUAACAUAAUAUAUUUGUCACUGUGUAAUUGCUCCACAUAUUACUAUGUAAAUAGCUUGCACCACUCAUGCGCUCAUAAAGUAGGUUGGGGGAAGAUGGGACACCAUUUUAUUAUAUUUUCUUGUCCCAUUAGGCACCAGACAAAGAACACUAAAAUGACUCUAGUAGACCGUUGUUAAUUGUUUAAACAUCAUCAGUAUUUGGAUAUUAUGUGCUAAGGUGUCAUGUCUUUCCCACACCACUAUAUAUUAUAAAAAACUAAAAAGCAUAGGUGCCAAACCUUUUAAAUAAAGGGAGGCAGGGAUAGUUAAAUGCACAUUCAUGCAAAACAGUUUUUGUUUGUAAUGUUUACUGAUUAAUGCAGUGCAAAAAACUCCCUGUCACCCCAUGUUUGGCGCCUAUAUAAUAAACAGAUUAUUCCGUCUGCAUAUAUUAUAAUAUGACUACUCAACCCUAGAUAGUUAAUUUUUCAGCCCAUGCAUCCUAUAACGAGUUGUAGAGCUGUGUGCAAUAUAUAUAAGUUGUCAUACUGAUUUGUUUGUUUUACCAUCAAAUUUGUGUUAGAUUUAAUGAAUUGGUUUUUAAAAUAUAAUCGGUUAAAAAAUAUGUGUUUUUCAUUUAUUUUUAAAUGAAUGAACAUAUUGUUGUUGAUUUAAUUGUCUAUUUAGCACUUUGUAAAUUGCUUAGAUUUUAUACACUUACAUGUUAUGCAUAAAA